CUGUGCCCGCGCAGCUAGCGCCGGUCCCCUUAUUUGGAUCUGCGGGAAUGUGGGCUGGAGCGGUCCUGCCGCGGUACCAGCCGUCUGCCUGUCCCCGGGACUGCCCCUAACCCAGGCGCGCCCGCUGCUCGGUGGCAGGAGGGCCGGCGGAGCGCCAUGGCCUGCAUCCUGAAGAGAAAGUCUGCAAUUGCAGUGGGCUUUGUAGCAGCAUUCCUCUUCCUGCUGGUUGUGCGCCUAGUAAAUGAAGUGAAUUUCCCAUUGCUGCUAAACUGCUUUGGACAACCUGGUGCAAAAUGGAUACCAUUCUCCUACACAUAUAGGCAGCCCCUUCGAACACACUAUGGAUACAUAAAUGUGAGAACGCAAGAGCCUUUGCAAUUGGACUGUGACCUUUGUGCCAUAGUGUCAAAUUCAGGUCAAAUGAUUGGUCAGAAGGUGGGGAAUGAGAUAGAUCAAUCCUCCUGCAUUUGGAGAAUGAACAACGCCCCCACCAAGGGCUAUGAAGAAGAUGUCGGUCACAUGACUAUGAUUCGAGUUGUGUCCCAUACCAGCGUUCCUCUCUUGCUGAAAAACCCUGAUUACUUUUUCAAGGAGGCGAACACCACUCUAUAUGUUAUUUGGGGUCCUUUCCGCAACAUGAGGAAGGACGGCAAUGGCAUCGUUUACAAUAUGUUGAAAAAGAUCAUCGACGUGUACCCAAAUGCUCAGAUAUACGUGACCACCGAGAAGCGCAUGAGCUACUGUGAUGGUGUUUUUAAGAAGGAAACUGGGAAAGACAGAGUCCAGUCUGGCUCUUAUCUCAGCACGGGAUGGUUCACCUUCAUUCUGGCCAUGGAUGCCUGUUACAGCAUCCACAUCUACGGAAUGAUAAAUGACACCUACUGCAAGACGGAAGGAUAUAGAAAAGUCCCCUACCAUUACUAUGAACAAGGAAAAGAUGAAUGUGAUGAAUAUUUUCUUCAUGAACAAGCUCCAUAUGGGGGGCAUAGAUUUAUCACUGAGAAGAAAGUAUUUGCUAAGUGGGCCAAGAAACACAGAAUUAUAUUUACACAUCCAAACUGGACAGUUUCUUGAUGUUGGUAUUUUUCAUUUUGUCAAACCACUUGAUGUGAUCAUAAUACUGCAACUGUGAUGCUAAUGAUGAUGAUAGCAAUGAUUAAGACCACAAUAAUGAUGAUCAAGUUUCUGUACAUUCUCAGAUAUGCUGGUGACUGCUAGUAAUUUGAACUUGGAAUUCCAUAGAAGAUGGUUGUGCUCAUUAUAUUUUUUCUGAAGGCUCAACACUACAUACUGCACUUUAUUAUUUAACUGGAAGUAAAAUUGAAGGCCCAUAAUACGCAGCGAUGACCUAAGAAUUUGGAACAUGAUCCUCCAAGAUAACUACCCGUAAUAUCAGAAUAGGGCCUGCCUUCUAAGGCCAGGGAAUUUGGCCUCAUGAGUCAUGUUUAUUGACUCAAUGACCUCUGUCUGAAAUAUAAGCAAGGCUACCAUCUUAGAGACAUGUUGAUUUUUAAACACUAGCCCAAGAGA